AGUGGAACGCUCGCCAAGGUACACAUCUACGGAAUCACCAGAGCCACUUCCGCCCACACGAAAGAUGGCGGCUCCCUUGAUGGAGAAAUUGUCGGAAUCUUUAGGUUCUCCAGAACCUGCGGUUCGCCUGAUUCUGUCCGUUUUAGUCGGGUACCCCUGUGCCCUGCUGUACCGGCAAUUCUUCUUCCACCAGCCACCCACUGUCAUUCACUUAUACCACGCCAUCUCCGGACUGUCUCUGGCAGCUUUCAACUUUGGCACACAGCUCUAUCACUCUGCAUUAUGCGUCCUUGUCCAGUUCCUGAUGAUGAGGCUUAUGGGAAGGACGAUAACAACUGUCCUGUCCAGCUUUAUUUUUCAAAUGGCAUACCUGCUGUCAGGCUACUACUACACAGCUACAGAAGAAUACGAUAUCAAAUGGACCAUGCCCCAAUGUGUCCUUGCACUGAAACUUAUCGGUUUGUCAUUUGAUUACUAUGACGGUGGCCAGGAACCAUCCAAGUUGAAUGAGGAGCAGAAGAGGUCAGCCCUGGCCAAUGUUCCCUCUCUGCUGGAGGUUAUCGGCUUCUCCUACUUCUACGGAGGCUUUCUGGUGGGACCCCAGUUCACACUGCGCAGCUACCAGAGGCUAGUCAAAGGGGAGCUCACCGACUGCCCCGGACAGCCACCUAACAGUGUUAUACCUGCUAUGAAGCGGUUCUCCCUCGGCCUCCUCUGCCUGGUGAUCUACGCAAUAUUUAGUCCGCACUACCCAGAUAGCUAUUACCUAACAGAUGAGUACGACGCGCAGCCGUUCUGGUACCGCUGUGUCUUCAUCCUCCUUUGGGCCAAAGUCAUCCUGUACAAAUAUGUGAGCUGCUGGGUCAUAGCGGAGGGCGUCUGUAUACUCUCUGGGCUCGGCUAUAAUGGGCUGGGUCAGAAUGGCGAACACCAAUGGGACGCCUGUGCAAAUAUGAAGGUGUGGACGUUUGAGACCACACCCCUUUUCACAGGCACCAUCGCCUCCUUCAACAUAAACACCAACGCCUGGGUGGCCAGGCACGUGUUUAAGCGGUUGAAGUUCCUGGGCAAUAAGCUCCUGUCUCAGGUGACCGCGCUCGCAUUCCUGGCCAUCUGGCAUGGCACGCACUCCGGAUACCUCCUCUGCUUCUCCAUGGAGUUCAUCAUCGUAAAUGUGGAGAGACAGGCCCAAGCGCUGGUGAGGGACAGUCCCCUGCUGACCCGCCUGGCCAACAGUCCUCUCUACCCCCUCAUCUACCUGGUCCAGCAGUUCAUCCACUGGCUCUUCAUGGGCUAUCCUUUGGUGCCCUUCUGCCUCUUCACCUACGACAAGUGGCUCAGGGUCUAUUCAUCCAUUUAUUUCUGUGGCCACAUAUUCUUCUUCACAUUGUAUCUAGUCAUCCCAUAUCUCCGCAAGGUUCUGGUACCUAGAAAAGAACGAAGCGAGAAAAAGGAGGACUAGAACUAUGUUAGGUCUCUGGCUGAAUCUCCACCCAGGAUGUGACUGAAGGGAACUGUGACUUUUAACUAGGAGCAGAUCAGAAAAUAUUUUAAAGCCUUUAAUAUUAUUUGUGUGUACACGUUUGUUUUCUAUUUAUUUUUGUGAUUUGGAAAGGACGCACGUUUUUUGAGACCAGGGAGAUGAGGGUACAGGAAAUAACCUUUUGUGCCACAAUUGUGAGCCAAUCGCGGGGUGUUUUCUUGAUUUUAGAGAACUUGAGACUGACGUCUUGUAUACACAGAAUAUUGCACUCGCCACUCACGGGCUCUGGGUCCGUAGACUGCUCUGUUUUUAUGAUCUCCCUGUUUCAACCCUCCCCUCAAGUCCAUAUAGACGGAGUAUACAAAACAUCCUAAUAUUGAGUUGCCCCCCACCCCACACACAGCCUCAAUUCGUCGGGCAUGGACUCUACAAGGUGUUGAAAGCGUUCCACAGGGAUGCUGGCCCAUGUUGACUCCAGUGCUUCCCACAGUUGUGUCAAGUUGACUGGAUGUCCUUUGGGUGGUGGACCAUUCUUGAUACACGCGAAACUGUUGCGUGUGGAAAAACCCAGCAGCGUUGCAGUUCUUCACAAGCCGGUGCGCCUGGCACCUACUACCAUACCCCGUUCAAAGGCACUUGAAUAUUUUGUCUUGCCCAUUCAAUGUCUGAAUGGCACACAUACACAAUCCAUGUCUCAAUUGUCUCAAGGCUUAAAAAUCAUUCUUUGUUCUGUCUCCUCCCCUUUAUCUACACUGAUUUUGAAGUGAAUUUAACAAGUGACAUAAAUAAGGGAUCUGAGCUUCGCCUGAUUCACCUUGUCAGUCUGUCAUGGAAAGAGCAGGUAUUCUUAAUGUAUUCUCUACUCGGUGUAGAAAAAACCUGCACAGACAUGGCUAUGGUUCAGGCACAACAGAAAUGUAUUUGGCACUUUCAGAUUUUAUUUUAACAUGCAUUUUGUUGGGAGAACAAAAAAAACCAAGGAUUGCUGCUCUGACUGGAAUUAUAUAUUUUUGAGGAGUGUUUUCAUUGAUCCGUUGGCCAACACUCACAAGAAGCACUGUAAAACACUGUACACACUAACAUGUGACUCAAGAAUGGCCUUGUAUUAUCAACGAAUGUUUUUACGUUUUAUUCUGGUUUCAAUUCAGAUUUUGUUUCCGUUAUUUCGUGAUGAGACUGGAUUUUAUAGCUAUUUUAGGAGGGUUUUAUGAUAGACCAUUUUGUAGAUUUGGAUAAGAUUCCAUGAAGGGAUUCAAUGCUUUCCUCCUCUCCCCUCUCCUCGUGGCUUUGUCUGCCAUUCACCAUCCUCCUAUCACUCCAUUGCCACCACACACCCUUCCUGGCUGUCUCUGAACAAACUGGAAAACAAACUCACAACUAAAACAACAGGUAACCAAAACCACCACUUUUACAUUGAGUGACAUUACCAUACCAAUGUCAACAGCAUCACCCGUGGUCUCCAGUGAGAUCUAGCACCGUCCUCUAUCUUUCUUAAGACUUGGUCAAAAAAAUCUCCCUAACCACUGGCGCAAGGUCAGAUCUAGAAUGUUUGACCUGUCAGAUACUCUGUUCCUACGUCUGUGUUAAGAGGCAACUUCUACCACAAUCCUUUUCCAAUGCAGAGACACAUUGGGAGAGCAGUGACUCACUGUAGCAACAACCCACAUUUUAAUCAUAUUUAUACUUGUGGAAAUAAUUAAUUGAUGUGAAUUAAUUGUUAUUCCAGAGACUACUUUUUUUGCCUUAUUGCUACCAAAUGUACAAAGGAAAAGAGAAAUGGAAAAAAAAUAAUUUUAAAUAAACUUUUUGUAAUGUUCAUUAAAAUGCUGGAUUUUAAAAAUCAAA